GUAAAUAAAUCAUUCAAGUUAGCCGUGCUAAUAAAUAGACUGAGCGAUUCAUCCAGUAAAACGAACUCUAUGUCCACUGGCAUUAAAAAAACCAACACGUUGACAGAAGUCGACAAAAUUAGAUUAAAGAAUCAAAAUACAGCUACUGAAACUUGGACAAACUUAAAUAUAAAAUUUGCUGAAACUCCUGAAAUAAUCGUAAACACACAAACGACGUCUACUGUUAAUGCACCAAACAAUUUCACCAAAACAUUCAAUGAAGAAUUCGAUCUAAAAUAUGAGGAAAUACAACAGCGUCAUCGCAAUAGAAAAAUUUGUAACGCUGACGUUGUAUUGUCUGUAUUAGCAGACGCUUUUAGUGAGAAACUUCAAAUGAUACGGACCAUUCGUAAAACUGACUCCUCCAAGGCAACUGAAGAAGAAUCUAAAAAAAAUUCGAUCUUGGAGUUAAACAUAUCAAUGCCGAACCCUAUACCAAAAAUUGUAUUAAAAGGAACAUUAAAAUAACCACAUAUUAUCAAAAUUAAUGACAAAGAAGGAUAACUUUAAUAAUUACUGUUAUUAAAAUAUCAUGGAACUACUGCCUGAAACUCUUGAAUAAACUUGUUUCUGUAUGAAAAAAAAAAAAUUGCUACAAUAUUAAACACUAGUCUUAAAAAUUUUAUUUCAUUGUUAGUCAAGAACAUCACACUAAGAUUUAUGUACAUUAGUUGAUAUUUUGACAAUUUUUUGUUUGUAUAU